AUGGCCAGCGAGAAUUCUCCUCUGCUGGCCUACCGGCUCCUGGGAGAUGAGGGGGUUGCCUUCUCUGCCAAUGGGGCCGGGGGUCCUGGAGGGGCAUCUGCCCGGAAGCUCUCCACCUUCCUGGGUGUGGUGGUGCCCACGGUCCUGUCCAUGUUCAGUAUAGUUGUCUUUUUGAGAAUUGGGUUCGUGGUGGGCCAUGCUGGGCUGCUGCAGGCUUUGGCCAUGCUCCUGGUUGCCUACUUCAUCCUGGCGCUCACCGUCCUCUCUGUCUGUGCCAUCGCCACCAACGGAGCUGUGCGGGGGGGUGGAGCCUACUUCAUGAUCAGCCGUACCCUGGGGCCUGAGGUUGGGGGCAGCAUCGGCCUCAUGUUCUACCUGGCUAACGUCUGUGGCUGUGCUGUCUCCCUGCUGGGGCUGGUGGAGGCCGUGCUAGAUGUCUUCGGGGCUGACUCCGCAAGGUCCAGUGGGCUUCAGGUCCUGCCCCAGGGCUACGGCUGGAACCUGCUCUAUGGCUCCCUGCUGCUGGGCCUUGUGGGUGGGGUCUGCACACUGGGGGCUGGCCUCUAUGCCCGAGCCUCCUUCCUCACAUUCCUGCUGGUCUCUGGAUCCCUGGCCUCUGUGCUGGUCAGCUUUGUGGCUGUGGGACCCAGGAGCAUCCCCUUGACCCCUCGGCCUGGCCCCAAUGGCUCCUCCCUGCCGCCCCAGGUUGGCCACUUCACUGGCUUCAACAGCAGCACCCUGAAGGCCAACUUGGGUGCUGGCUACUCCAAGGACUAUACCACGGGGGCCAUGAUGAACUUCGCCAGUGUCUUUGCUGUCCUUUUUAAUGGCUGCACGGGCAUCAUGGCGGGGGCCAACAUGUCAGGGGAGCUGAAGGACCCCAGCCGGGCCAUUCCCCUGGGCACCAUUGUCGCUGUCGCCUACACCUUCUUCAUCUACACCCUGCUUUUCUUCCUCUCCAGCUUCACCUGUGACAGGACCUUGCUGCAGGAGGACUAUGGGUUCUUUCGCGCCAUCAGCCUGUGGCCCCCACUGGUGCUGAUUGGUAUCUACGCCACAUCGCUCUCGGCCUCCAUGAGCUCCCUCAUCGGGGCCUCCCGCAUCCUCCACGCUCUGGCUCAAGAUGACCUCUUUGGAGUGAUCUUGGCGCCGGCCAAGGUCGUGUCCCGAACAGGGAACCCCUGGGGGGCUGUGCUCUAUUCUUGGGGCCUAGUGCAGCUGGUGCUCUUGGCUGGGAAGCUGAACACGCUGGCCGCUGUGGUCACCGUCUUCUACUUGGUGGCCUAUGCUGCGGUGGACCUGUCCUGUCUGAGCCUGGAGUGGGCCUCGGCCCCUAACUUCCGCCCCACCUUCAGCCUGUUCUCCUGGCACACCUGCUUGCUGGGGGUGGCCUCCUGUCUGCUCAUGAUGUUCCUCAUCAGCCCCGGGGCCGCCGGCGGCUCACUGCUUCUCAUGGGCCUUCUUUCCGCCCUGCUCACUGCUCGAGGAGGCCCCAGUAGCUGGGGCUACGUCAGCCAGGCCUUGCUUUUCCACCAGGUACGUAAAUACCUGCUCCGGCUGGAUGUCCGGAAGGACCACGUGAAGUUCUGGCGGCCCCAGCUGCUGCUACUGGUGGGGAACCCCCGGGGCGCCCUGCCUCUGCUGCGGUUGGCCAACCAGCUCAAGAAGGGGGGCCUCUAUGUCCUGGGCCACGUCACCCUGGGAGACCUUGACUGCCUGCCCUCGGACCCUGUGCAGCCCCAGUACGGGGCAUGGCUCAGCCUGGUGGACAGAGCCCAAGUGAAGGCCUUCGUGGACCUCACCCUCUCGCCCUCUGUGCGCCAGGGAGCUCAGCAUCUGUUGCGGAUCUCCGGCCUUGGUGGCAUGAAGCCCAACACGUUGGUCCUGGGUUUCUACGAUGAUGCUGCACCCCAGGACCACUUCCUGACAGACCCUGCUUUCUCCGAGGCUGCUGAUGGCACCCAGGAGGGUGGGUCCCCAGCCCUGAGCACCCUGUUCCCUCCACCCCGGGCUCCCGGAAGCCCCCGGGCUCUCAGUCCCCAGGACUAUGUGGCCACGGUGGCAGACGCCCUCAAGAUGAACAAGAAUGUGGUUCUGGCCCGGGCCUGUGGGGCCCUGCCCCCUGAGCGGCUGAGCCGGGGGUCUGGGGGCACCUCCCAGCCGCAUCACGUGGAUGUGUGGCCCCUCAACCUGCUGCGGCCCCGGGGGGGGCCCGGCUAUGUGGACGUGUGCGGCCUUUUCCUACUGCAGAUGGCAACCAUCUUGGGCAUGGUGCCUGCUUGGCACAGUGCCCGGCUCCGGAUCUUCUUGUGCCUGGGGCCUCGAGAGGCCCCCGGGGCGGCCGAGGGGCGGCUGCGGGCACUGCUGAGCCAGCUGAGAAUCAGGGCUGAAGUACAGGAGGUGGUGUGGGGCGAGGGGGCUGGGUCUGGGGAGCCUGGGGAGGAGGAGGAAGGGGACUUUGUGAAUGGCAGGCGGGGAGAUGCCGAGGCAGAGGCCCUGGCAGGCAGCGCCAACGCCCUGGUUCGGGCCCAGCAGGGGCGCAGCAGAGGAGAAGGGCCCGGUGGGCCUGAGGGUGGGGAUGGCGAGGGCGGGCCUGCCACGGCCCUCACUUUCCUGUACCUGCCUCGGCCGCCAGCUGAUCCUGCCCGGUACACUCGCUACCUGGCGCUGCUGGAGAUUCUGACCCGUGACCUGGGCCCCACACUGCUCAUUCAUGGCGUCACCCCGGUCACUUGCACUGAUCUCUGA